GCUUUCCCCCGGGCCCUCUGCGUCACCGAUAGAGGCGGGCCCACCCCCGAGGCCAGCCAAUCAGAGACGCGGCAUCAGCCCGCCUUUGCGUUUGUUCGCGGAGGCGCGCAAUCCGCGGGGUUUGGAGGGGGUUGGUGCCGCCGCCGCCCACCUUUCGCAGUGCGCCGUAGUUGAAAGGAGGCGGCGGGAGUCCGAUGUGAUGCGGUGUGGGCGGUUUCAUCACCACCGGAGCCGUUCGUCAAUCAGAACGGGAUCUGCCACGCAAGGAGAGGCUCAUCAGAUUCAGAGGCGGGAGUGGGAGGGGCCGGCCCGUCAGGUGCAUCUGAGCUGACCCUUGAAGUCUGUUUGCUGGAGGAUCGCCUACCUGAGAUUUUUUUUUUUUGGCAACUAAGAAUAGCAAAUUAAACCAAAAUGUCUGUGGAUCCAAUGGCCUAUGAGGCGCAGUUCUUUGGCUUCACACCACAGACUUGCCUGCUGAGGAUCUACAUUGCAUUUCAAGACUACCUAUUUGAAGUGAUGCAGGCUGUUGAACAGGUUAUUCUGAAGAAGCUGGAAGACAUCCCAGACUGUGACCUUAGCCCAGUCCAAAUUCGUAAAUGCACAGAGAAGUUUCUUUGUUUCAUGAAAGAACGUUUUGAUAACCUUUUUGGCAAAAUGGAACACCUGUUUUUGCAGUUGAUUUUGCAUAUUCCUCCAAACAUCUUACUUCCUGAAGAUAAAUGUCAGGAGACGCAUCCAUAUAGUGAGGAAGAAUUUCGGCUUCUCCAAAAAGAAAUUGAAGAGUUACAAAACAAGUAUAAGACUGAAUUAUGUACGAAGCACGCCCUUCUUACUGAAUUAGAAGAGCAAAAAAUUGUUCAGGCCAAACUCAAACAGACCUUAUCCUUGUUUGAUGAGCUUGAAAACAUUGGCAGAGAUCAUGGGACUAGUGAUUUUAGGGAGAGUUUGGUAUCAAUGGUCCAAAACUCCAGAAAACUCAAGAACAUCCGAGACAAUGUGGAAAAGGAAAACAAAAAACUGAAAACAUCUUAAUUCCUCAAUAAUAAGAGACUAUUAAAAAAUUAGAGCUUGUUUGCUUUUUUUAUGUGUUCCACAUCUUUAUUGACCCAUUCCUGAAGCAUCUGUGUGCUGCCUUGAACUACUCUAGGAAGAAUUUGUUCAUGAGAGGCCUCUAACGGGUGGGAUGGGAUUCUUGGUUUCAAUAAUGGCUUAUCUGGAGACAUGAUAAAAGUUGAAACAUAAACAAAGUUUUUGUAAAGGUG